GAAGCUCUCACGGUCCUUACUUGCUUCUUCAGUUUGGCGGGCUUAGCGUCGGCAUACACACGCGUCCGGACUUUCUUUUUGACUUGGCGGGAAAUCGCGUCUCACAGACAAUCGUAAUCCGCGCUGGGAAACCUUGGUUGAUGUGUGUGAAAAAUGAUUAAGUCGGGCCCCCUGAUGCUUUUGCCCUUGCUCAUCAUAGUAAAUAAUGCUUUGAAAGUGCAAGGUGCAAGUGACUCCCUCGGGUCACAGUGCAGGUCGAACUCAGAGUGCGGCGUGGCCAAGUCACUGUGCCAAAAGGGCGUGUGCAGGUGCGAGCCGUACUACGCACAGGUUGACAACACCACGUGUAUAGAAUCAACACUUCUGGGAUCAGAGUGCAUAGUUUCAGAGCAAUGCACACUGAAAGUGGCAUACAGCGCCUGUCUGGACGGAGUCUGUCGCUGCACCGAUGGCCAUCUGCAAUUCAGGAAACACACUUGUUUGUCACCGGCUCCGCCUGGUCACGUGUGUUACAGCAACGAACAUUGUCGCUUGUGGGAAAAAGAAAGCCAUUGCGAAUUUGUCAUUCCUAAUCUCUUUGGACGAUGCGCCUGUAACACCUAUUUCCAACAAACCGGUGACAGAUGUAUAACCCAAAAAAUGCCCACUGAAGCUGUUGUUGCUGAACAAGAAACCAUGGAUACGAUGCCCGGAACUAUUUCAUCAAUACAGUACAAAGUUAAUAACAAAUCCCCAGUAACUAUUAACCAGGAUUCGAAAGAUCUAUAUGGCUCACCACUUACAAUUAUUGAUGAAGACGGACUACAACCAAGCAAACUUCCAAUGUUUACAAACAAAAAUGAACUUAGCACACAAGAAGACAGUCCGUUGAUGCAGGCUGUGAUGAAGGUACCUACUGUGGAGCCUGGAAAACGUCUACCUGUAGCAAAUAGAAAAGAUGGAGAACCAAAUGAUAUACUUAUAAGUGUUGAUGAUCUAACAGCUAACUUACACGCAAACGAUCAACCAGUAUACAGAGUGGUAACUCAACCUACAGUUGACAAGAAAAAUAAUAAAAAGUCUGGAACAAAGGAUCAGAGCAAACCAUAUAAAACGGGACAUCAAAAGAAAUCUUCACUUAAAGAAAAGCAUCGUAUUCGCACCGACAUUCCCGUAACGGACCUUGGUCCGGCUUCCCUCGGUAUGGUGUGCGUGACCGACUCUCAGUGCCAGUCAGUGGACCCUCACACCCGAUGUCUCAACAAGCGAUGCGACUGCGCAUACCGCACUAAUUCCACAUCUGCCUGCUCGGCCAGGAACAGGGGCUGCUUACCAGGAACCUUCCAGUGUCGAUCGACGGGCACGUGCAUCAGUUGGUACUUUGUCUGUGACGGCCGCAAAGACUGCCCCGACGGCUCCGAUGAGAAAUGUCAAGGUAGUAAAGAUGGCACUGGUGAGCGGUGUCCAAUGCAUGCGUUCCGCUGCGGAGGACCAGGGUCUAUGUGCGUGUCUCGAGCGGCGAGGUGUGACGGCACCUUGCAGUGUCCGGGAGGGGAGGACGAGAGGAACUGCCAGACGACCAGGCGCAGAGGAUGUCCAAGACACACGUUCAGAUGCAACUCUGGCGAGUGCUUGCCCGAGUUUGAGUUCUGCAACGCCAUCGUGUCCUGCAAGGACGGGUCGGACGAGCCGCCACACCUCUGCAAUGAACAGUCAAGAUGGCGAGCGGCAGACUUCUGCCCGUUGCGGUGCGGGAACGGCCGGUGUCGGAGCACCGCGGUGGCGUGCUCGGGCCGCGAUGGCUGCGGAGACAACAGUGACGAGAUCGCCUGCACCGUUUGUAGAUGUCCAGCACCUUCGCAGUCGCCUUGAAAAUAGUUGAGAUAGACUUUAACUCUACUUAGUGAAAAGCGUUUAGCUAAGCGCUCGUCUCAUGUUGUUUUCAAGACAUUUCAGAUUAUACGCAAUUUAAUCUUGCUCAAUUUUAGGGAGAUUUUGUGUCUUUUGGAAUUAAACAAAAAAAACUAUUUCUCACAUCGAUUCCGCAUUUAUAGAAGUUUCUUUUUUUAAAUACUCAACAGGAUCCUUAGUUGUUUUGAGAUACCCAAUGGUGGGGAUUUUUUGUGUGUGUUUUUAUUUAUGAUCUAAAUAUUUUUUGAGUAUUUGUUUACUAUAAAAUAUGCCUAAAAAUCGACCAUAAAGUAUAUUCACCCGCGGAAACUCAAAUUUUUUUAAUGACAUAUUGAUGACGAACUCAAUUGUGUAUUCAUUAGUGACGAACUUCAAAAUGUAAGUAAAUUCGCCUUAGAAUGAAAAAGUCAGAUUAGUGAUUAGGAUUCAAAAACUUACAUUGACACGAAGGAAAAUAUUAGUGUCACUAUAACUAACUAUAGUUACAUCGAAUAAUAAGCCAAGAGCUGACUGUAAAUAUAAUUAUAAUGUUAGUGUGUUCGUAGUAUUUUUCGUCGAUGAAUCGAGUCAAUAUAGCUGAAGCUCAAAAUUAUCAAUGUUAAUUUUGGCAUUAUGUUAUAAUAGUAUAUUAUAUGGAUUAUCAGGACCACCAGCAGGUAGUAGCACUUACAUUAUACAUAUCUGCUAAGAUAUAUAAAAUGUAAGUACAAUACUCGAUGACUUUAUAGUAUGAUAAUUAAAAUAAUAGAAAAACUAUGUCUAGAUAUUUUGGAUAUAUUUUUACUACAUAAGCUUACUAUGUUAAUAUAUCAAUCAGUAUUACAUGCAGUAUCUUCCUACGAAUUAUUAAACAUUAUUUACAUUACUUAUUUACUACUUACACGACUGACCAAAAAAGGAAUCAGUAUAAUGUUUUCUUUAUACAGAAAGCAUAGAUGUUGGUACUUCGUGAAAGUAAUAGAGCUCCACACUAUCGUCAAACUCAGACAGAUGCCGACGCGAAUGCAUGAACAUUGCUUUAUUUACCGCAACGAAAAACCAGCAUGGUAUGUCGAAUCCGUCAAAGUUCGGCAAACUUAUCCGCUAUAGUGUGGAGCCGGCAUCAGAGGACGCCAGUCAGUGUUUUUAUUUUUAUUAUUUUAAUUAUUGAACACGCAUAACUUUUUUAUUGAAAUUGUAUUUAAGUAAUAUAGAUUUAAGUGUGAAAAAGAGACGUAAUAUGUAAAGUUUGUAAUAUAGUGCUUAUGUGUGUGUGUAUGUGAUAAUUAUUUAUUAAAUUAACUUAUAAUUGAA